AUGUCGCGUAGCAAGAGGUCGCAUGCUAUCUACGAGGCUGACUUGCAUGAUGAAGCCGCCGCACACGUCGCUUUUGGCACCCCUCUCCCGCCGCUUGACCCGGAAGUCCGCGAUGAUGGCGCCUAUGUUCCAGUACAUAAGCAGGAAGUAAGGGAUGAACAUGGAAGGCGACGUCUUCACGGGGCUUUCACGGGUGGAUGGAGCGCAGGAUACUUCAAUACAGUUGGCUCCAAGGAAGGAUGGACGCCGUCUACAUUCGUCUCAAGUCGCACGAACCGUCGCAAAAACGAGCCACGUACGAGCCAACAACGCCCAGAGGACUACAUGGACGAUGAGGAUCUCGCAGACGCUGCUGCUACUCAGAACAUCCAGACAACUGAUCCGUUUUCUGCUCUUGGAGCUUCGGGUCAUAAUGUGCAUCACGCUGGCGACUUCACUGGCUUAGCAAGAGCUAAUGGCGAUACCAUGGGCCUCAAGCUUUUGAGAAAGAUGGGCUGGAAGGACGGGCAGGGCAUUGGCCCCAAAGUACGACGGACCGCCCGCCUAGGUGUCAUGACCAGCACUCAAGAUGCAACUACUGAAAACACUCACUUGUUCGCUCCAGACGAUGUCAACAUGAUAGAGUUCAAUCGCAAGCGCAACCGCCAGGGCUUGGGUUUCACGGGAGAGCAAAAACUCUCUCAACUGUCUGGUUCAGGCAUGACACGGACGAAUCGAGAUCAACUUGGCAUGGAAGAGGAAAGAAGUAACGGCGAUGAAUUUGCGGAUGGCCACCAACUUGCACUCGGUAUUUCUGGCAAAACAGGGAAGCAAAGCCAGACAGCACGUGGGGGCUUGGGCGUGGGCAUACUGAAUGACACCGGUUCAGAUGACGAAGAUCCGUACGACAUUGGGCCACGAAUAUCAUACAAUCGAGUCCUAGGUGGGGACAAGAGCAGGAAAAAGAAGAAGCAACCAGCCAGUCUGUCGGCGAACCCCACGUUGAGGUCGAAACCGGUCUUCAUCGCCAAAUCCUCAUCGGCCAAGGCCUAUGGCCAGAUGCGAUGCCUUGAUGGGAAGUUGCCGCUCAAGGGCUUCACUCUUGGCCAAAGUGUUGAGUCUCGGCUGUCUGGACAAUCCGCGGUGCCAUAUUAUCCCCCGACUGUACCCGAUGAUUGGAGAUCAACGAAGCGCCCUGUCGGCGGGAACGCAACUGCAGCAUAUAUCUCUACAGCAGACGCUGCCAAGACGGCUCAACAUGACCCCAGAUCUCGCGCGCUGCUUCUGGGUGAAUCGACAUUGCCCGGCAAAUCGAUUUUUGACUACAUGUCAUCGGCUGCUCGCGAGCGACUGGCUGCGGCCACUGGCAGAACAAAUCUCCCCCCUGCCAAAGGCGAGGUUCCGACCAAGCAUGCGCGCACGGCAGAGCAAAAGCUGCAAGAUAGGUUAGGAAGCAUACCUGUCUUGGCCAAAGAAACAGCCAUUGCCGCAAUGAGUCGAGGAUCAGUCACAGGAGGGCCUUAUGCGAACGACGAGGCCAAGCAGUCGAGAUAUCGGCUCUAUCUACAGGAUGCCGCGGGCUUCGGAGGUUCGGCUCCCGCCAAGCCUUCAGGCAUGACGGAAGGUGACUAUGUCAAGGAGAUCGAAGAAUUUUAUGGGUGUGCUCAGCUAUUCAAGCCAAUGACAGGAUUCAUGGCAACACGGUUCACGACAGCUUCGACUGGGUCCAAGGAAGGCGCAGGCGUAGGCUCUGCUCACAAUGCGCAGCAGGCCCUGAGACCAGUUGGGCAGGCAGAUCCUCUUGAAACAGCGGCCAAGAUGGGAAUGUAUGGGCGCAUGACGAGGCUGACUACAGACUUCUUCCCGACCAGGUUACUGUGCAAGCGGUUCAAUGUCCGACCUCCCGCUCAUUCGCGACCAGAUUCGGAUGCAGUGGCUCCAUCAGAGCCUCGCAAAACAUCCUGCGGAGUGUCUGCCAGUGAGGUCACGCCCCACGAGCCGCUUGUUCGUGGGACGAACGCAGAUGUGGAUGACAUGCUGGGUUCCGAUGUGGCGAAGCAGUUGUCGAAGCCGACGGCCGACAUCUUGAAGCUCGAAGGCGAGACCGGCGAGGCCUCUCGACCAAGCAACGAUGUCUUCAAAUCAAUAUUUGGUGAUAGCAGUGACGAGGAUGAAUGA